AUGUACGUAAACCUUCCUCGUCAUCUAAACUUGGCUCUCAACCAGAAUGGUUUAUUUACGUAUAUUGACAACAAGGAAAUGAGGAAAGGACAACAAAUAUGGCUGGAGCUUAUGAAGGUGAUUGAGGAAUCGCACAUUGCAAUCAUCAUUUUCUCCAAGAACUAUGCUUCCUCAUGGUGGUGUUUGGAAGAGGUGGCAAAAAUCAUGGAAUGCAUGAAACAGAAGGACCUGAUUGUGUUGCCGGUGUUUUACAAGGUGGAACCAAGAGAAGUGAGAAAGUGGAGAGGGAGUUAUGGAAGAGCUUUGGCUAAACAUGAGUCCGAAUUCGGGAAGGAUUCGUACAAAGUGAAGAGAUGGAAGGACGCUCUUGCUAAUGCCGGUAACUUAUCUGGGUGGCACGUUAAUGAUGAAGUUGAAGCAAAGCUUAUAAAGGAAAUUGUGAACGAGAUCUCUAUGCAGCUUGAUCGAAGACCCUUACAUGUUGCUAAGCAUUUGGUUGGGAUACAUCCUCAAGUGAUAAAGCUGAAUUCAAUGUUAAAACUUGAGUCUCGUGAUGAUAUUCGCAUGAUAGGAUUAUGGGGACCAGGAGGCAUAGGGAAGACAACUUUAAGUUUAGAACUUUACAAUAAUAAUUAUAGGCAAUUUGAGGGUUCAUGUUUUUUCGCAGAUGUUCGCAAAGCUUCAGAAGAACCUAAAGGUUUAGUUGCUUUGCAAGAAGUAUUGUUGUCUAAGAUAUUACUGGGACAAAAAUUAGUAGUGUCUAGUUCUCAUAGAGGUAUUAAUUUAAUGCAAGAUAGACUUUGCCGCAAGGAAGUUCUCCUAGUUCUUGAUGAUGUCAAUGACAAAGAACAGUUAGAUGCUUUAGUCGGAGAACCAGGGUGGUUUGGUGAAGGAAGUAGGAUCAUCAUUACCACGAGAAAUAAGUAUUUGCUAACUUCUCAUGGGAUAGAUGAAGAUCACAUCUAUGAAGUUAAACCUCUAGAGUAUUAUGAUGCUCUUGAACUUCUCAAUAAACAUGCUUUUCAAAGAAACAACAAAAAUAUAAUAAGGAAGGAUCUUGUAAAUAUGGCUUUGCAUUAUGCUAAUGGACUUCCUUUAGCACUUAAGGUAUUGGGUUGUUCCCUUUGUUGUAGAAGAGAACGUGAGUGGGAAAGUACAUUGCAUAAUCUUGCCAAGUUUCCUAACAAGAUCAUCAAUGAUGCUCUUAAGUGGAGUUAUGAUGGACUAGAAGACCAUGAAAAGGAAAUCUUCCUUGAUAUUGCUUGUUUCUUUGAGGGGCAAUCUAAAGAGUACAUUAUGAGAGUUCUUGACUCUUGGGACUUUGACCCUACAAUUGUUGUACAAGUUCUUGUUGAGAAGUCCUUGAUAAUUGAAGAGAGAGAGAUCAUACGAAUGCGUAACUUGAUUCAAUUGAUGGCCAUGAAUAUCAUUAGACAAGAAUGUCCUAAUGAUCCUGGAAGACGUACUAGGUUAUGGCUUUUUGAUGAUUUUCGUAAUGUUCUGUCAAGGCAUUUGGUAACAGAUGCAUUACAGUCGAUAGUUUUAAUUUUACCUGAGCCAGAGAAAAUAAACAUAGGUCCUAAUGCUCUUACAAAUUUGAGAAGGUUGAAGAAGCUCAUCAUGAAGAAUGUGCAUAACUCUUUCCAAGAUCCCAUCUAUCUUCCUAGUGAACUAAAAUGGUUUGAAUGGCCUGAAUGUUGUCCUUGCAUCCCAAAAUCUUCCUCUGGUCCUAAGGAGUCAGCUAAACUUGAUUUGCAUGAAAGCAACAUCCAAGCACUGAGUAAGCAACUUAAGGAGAACUUCCAAGCACUGGAUAAGCAACUUAAGGUGCGCAUUUAA